UGAUGUCACGCAGCAUUACUGUUCCACCGGGAAGAGAAAGUGACGGUUGAUCUUCCUCGUGGUCAUGUUAAUCCAGUCAGCCUGAGCAAGAAGCAGCAGGUACUUCACUGGACGACAACAUGGGCUUGCUGUCCAUCCUGCGGAGGCUGAAGCAGCCUCAGGACCAGGAGGUGCGUUUACUGCUGCUGGGUUUGGACAACGCCGGCAAGACCACUUUACUCAAACAGCUGGCGGCGGAGGACAUCAGCCACAUCACACCCACACAAGGUUUCAACAUCAAGAGUGUUCAGUCGACGGGCUUCAAGUUGAACGUGUGGGACAUCGGAGGUCAGCGUAAGAUCCGACCCUACUGGAAGAACUACUUUGAGAACACAGAUGUGCUGAUCUAUGUGAUCGACAGCUCGGACAAAAAGCGAUUUGAAGAGACCAGUCUGGAGCUGUCUGAGUUACUGGAAGAAGAGGAGCUGGCCGCAGUGCCGCUGCUCAUCUUCGCCAACAAGCAGGACCUGAUGACCGCCAUGCCGGCCUUCGAGCUGGCGGAGAGCCUCAACCUGCACACCGUACGAGACCGAAUGUGGCAAGUCCAGGCCUGCUCCGCCAUCACGGCUGAGGGAUUGCAAGAUGGCAUGAGCUGGGUUUGCAGGAAUAUAAAGUUUGGGAAGAAAUGAAUCCCAGAAUAUCUGCUGCAGGAUCUUGUCAUGUUUCAGUCCACUUAUCUCUAAAAAUAAUCUUUAGUGUAUUGUAUAUAAUGUAAAUAUUACUCUACUUGAACUGUACACGUGGGACAAGCGGUAGAAAAUGGAUGAAAUAUUAAAACACAAAGGAAUGAUGGUAUAACUAGCAAUAAAUAUGUGUAUGUUUCCUAAGUGAACACUAGAGAGCGCUAUUGCACCAGUCUUGUUCCUAAUACUGUACAUAUUGGUAAUCAAUUACCAAACCAAGUUAAUAGUUGAUGUUUCAACUUUUUUAUAAUAGACACAAUGUGGACUUUUUAGCAGAGCUUUAAAAAAAAAAGUGUGUCAUUUUUGGAUCCUACCACAGCCCUGGAAUAGCUUGGAAGAUGUUUCUGGUCCCUUCCAAUGUUGUUUUUAGGGGGUUCUAGCUUAUCUUACCGAGAAAAAAAUUAACAGGAUUUUUCAGCAGAUUUGAAAAUAGGUCAGGUUUA